AGAGCCCUGUCUCCAUAUUUGCUCAUUGCCAACAAGGAGAGGACAGCGGGUAAACUACACCACACCAAUGGCUUCCAGCCUCGUGAAUCUGCUCCUCAUGGAGGUGGCGGCCAUCGUCAGCAUUGUUCUGCUCGCAAUCCUCGUUGUGCUCAGCUCUUACGGCCGCCGUUCUGGCCAUCCGGCACUCCGCCUCUUCGUUUGGUCCGCAUCCACUCUGUUCCUCCCGCUCGUGUCCUACGCCGUCUCCGCGGCGGCCAAAUGGGACGCAGCGCGCGUCCCUUUGCUACUCGCCUGGACAGUCUUCCUCCAGAUCCUGCGCAACACCAUCGACACCUCCCGCUCCUCGAGUUCGACCAUCAACAGCAGCGGCUCCAACGGAAGCAAGUUCCGGCCGUCCGUUGAGCAGCUGGCGAGGAUGGGUUGGGUGGCGUUCCUCAUCAUCAGCAGUGGCGGUACCGCCGGGAGCCCGCUGCUGACCGGCGUCCUGCUCUGGCUGUGGGUGCUCAGCCUCCUCAAGCUCAUCCACAGGCUCGUCGCUGCCGAGCUCGCCAAGAACUCGUUCGCUGUCGGCCUCAACUCGUACCUAGUCGCCGACUACAUGAAGCAACUCCAUGGGCAUGGGCAUAGUCAAGCAGCUGGCCAGCGUGGACUAGAAGUGCCUGCUUACUUUGUGAUGGGUGAGGAGAAACUGCCUAUCAAGCCUGGGCCGCAGGGGUACUACAUUGACAGCACUGAAGCUCCGCCUUCAUUGUCCAUGGACGACGCGGGGCAUGUCGUCACCGUGGACAGGAUAUGGUCGCUUUCCUCAUCCGGCGACCCUCUCCUCGCAUCCUGCCCGCAGAUCAAGGACCUCUGCCUCUCUUUUGCUCUAUUCAAGCUCCAGCUCCGGCGGUUCAUUGGGUGCCCACUCGCCGAAGCCGGCUGUCACCGUGCUAUGGCAUUUGUGCAGGACGGUCUCCUUGCUGGUAGUGGUAGCGCAGAGAGGGUGUUCCAGGUGGUCGAGGCCGAGCUGUCCUUCCUCGCCGACUUCCUGUACUCGAAGCUCACCGUCUUCUAUGCCAGCGGGUGGUGGUUCCCAGCACUCAACUCAAUCCUCGUACUGGCCACGUGGAUCAGCUGUCUAGCAGCCGGCGGCGCCAUCGUGCACGACAUGACGAACCCAGGCACGGCACUCGCCGUGGACUACCACAUGCUCCGGGAUUACCUGCAACACCACGACACGGUGUUCCACGUCAUUGUUGGCCUUGACAUACUUGUCUCCGUCUCAUUCAUCGUCUCCAUUGUGUUCAUGGAAGGAUGGGAGAUCGCCAACUACGUCUGUUCCGACUGGAUCAAGGUGUCCACCAUCUGCGAGUACACCCGACGUCCAUCGUGGCAGAAGUCGCUGUGGGCGCGUCGUAAGCUCAGCCGCCUAUUUUGGCUCCGACCCAUGCGACAAUGGGAUGACCGAUUCUGCCAGGUGUCAAUAUUGCAGCUUCGGUUCUGCUACUAUGGCUGCAUCUCACAGCAAGUCGACCGAAUCGUGAAGAAGACCGUCGCAGUGCCCGCAACGGUGAAAUCUGCCAUUGUGAAGACGCUCAGAGCAAACCAGGGUAGGCUCGGGAACGGCGAGCUAUCCUUGCAAGGCAACGGAGUCGGUAACCUCUCCUGGGCUUGUCGUAUUAAAGCCAGCGACGACAAUGCCAUGGACAGCUUAUCCGAGCAGAUCCUCGUGUGGCAUCUCGCCACGAGGCUCGUCGAGCUCAAGUGCUCUCAAGGAGCUCAUGGUGACAGUGGCAAUGACACAUAUGGGGAGAGCGAUCUAGAGGUGGUUGCGACACAGUUGUCCCGUUACUGCGCCUACCUAGUGGCGCUGAAGUCGUCCCUCCUGCCGGACCACCGCGCAUGGACAGAGGAGCUCUACAAGGGCGUGGUGGAGGAGGUGACAAGGGUGCUGGCACGAUGCGCGGGACCAGUUGCGGGGUACGAGCGCGCUUCGAUGUGCCUCAGCGGGAGCAUGAACGCCACGUUGAGAAAGGCAUCCAAACUCGGGCGGCAGCUAGUAGAGGAGGUCAGUGACGAGGAGUUGUUGUGGAAGGUGCUCGCCGAGUUCUGGGCAGAAUUUGUCCUGUACCUCGCGCCGUCAGACAACGUGGCCUCGCACUCAAAGUCUCUCUACCACGGUGGCGAGUUCAUAACCGUGUUGUGGGCGUUGCUUGGUCACGCUGGCAUUGUCGGGCGCCCGGAGACGGAGAGCACUGAGAACUCAGCCUAGAAUAGGUUCGUUCUUCUUUUUGUACUUGCUUUAGGCAUGUGAAAUUUUACAUAUAUGCAUUUGAUCUUUGUUGUUUCAAUUUCCUCUUUUUUCAUGUACACAAAUGGAAGUUUGCUUUAUAUAGGAUGCAAUAUGUAUUGGCCUUAAC